AUGAACUCUGCCCCGCUCAACAUCAUGCAAGCAGCUUCAAAUGUCAAGGCCGACAUAAACAUUCGUUUCGUACCCAUCAACAGCAACAGAACUGUCGCCGUCACAACGAUAGACUCAGAUGGGGUAUAUUUUACUCCAGGUAAAAUCAACAUCACAUUCAAUGACAACGAGCAGUGGACAGACGAUAUUCUUUUCUCCACUACAGCUGUACAUGAAAUAGGCCAUGCCCUCGGACUGAGCCACAGCACCGUCCCAUCGGCUAUAAUGUUCGCCUACUACGACGGUCUUAUGCACCCUGUCCACCCCGAUGACAAAAUGGGCAUCCACAGCAUCUACGGCUGGAAAACGCCCAAAUGGAAGCUCAUAAAUUCCGGCUCAAAAAUUAGUAGCAUAAUCCAAAUAACCUCCAGCUCCAGCACGCCCGCCCCCAACGACGGUCUAUACCAGAUGCGCCCGACAGGCCAAAUCCUCCGCUACAUCAACAACGCCUGGACAACCGUCGACAACUACAAAGAAACCGCUCAAAUCGCCGGCGCAAAUGGAAUUCUUUACCAACGCCACUACGACGGCGGAACCUUCCGCUGGACCGGCACACCAUCCAACUGGCAAUCCAUCAGCCCCACCGACACCUCCAUCCUCGACAUCUACGCCGCCUCCGACCAACUCUACGCCCGCCGCAAAGACGGCUCUGUAGUCCGCCUAUCAGGCUCCAACUGGCUCACAAUCGAUCAAACCUCACCCGGUUCCCGCCAAAUAGCCGUUUCUGAUGAUAAAACACUAUGGAAUCUAAUCGCGAACGGUGACCUAGUGCGAUCCCGUUGGCCCUACACCUCCGCCGCCAUCCUCGAUAGGAACGCCGCGAAUAUCGGGAUCGCGGUUGGCGGGAAUGAGUUUUUCAAAGUACAGAGCGAUGGGCUGGUUGUAUGGCUUGAUACCAAGGGGCCUUAUUGGAGCGUUAUUGAAGAGAAGGGGAGUGUGGGGAUUCAUGCGGUGGGGGAGCUGCUGUAUAGUCGACAUGCAGAUGGCACAGUUUGGCGGUGGACGGGGAUCCCCGGGUUAUGGGAAGGGAUUGAUGAACGAGGUGGGGCUGGGGGUGUGGCGGGGGAUCGGGCGGGAGGGGUUUGGGGGUUGCUUGGGGGGAGUGAGGUGUGGGUGCAUGUUUCGUGA